AACCAAAAAAAAAAAAAAAAUGUCGAUUGUAGGUAGAUCCUUAUCUUUCAUCUUGUUAUGCCUUUGUUUGAAUUCAACCUUUUUUAUAGAGCUGAUUAUUUGCGAGCUGCCCGCCUACCCAAUAGCUAAACAUGGUUGCCAAACUAAAUGUGGGAACGUAACAGUUCCCUACCCGUUUGGCAUUGGUUUAGAUGGAAAAUGUUCACUUGAUUACUUUUACAACAUAGAAUGCAACAAUACUCACUAUGACCCUCCAAAACCCUUCAUAGGAACAAGUAACCUGGAAGUGCUAGAUAUAUCCAUUGAUGGUCAGUUGCGUAUUUCUAACGAAUGGACGUCGAUAAGACUAAAUGCCAAAUAUCCAAUUGUAUUUUCAUACACAGCCAACAAAUUAACUGUCAUUGGUUGCGAUAAUUAUGCUCAUAUUGUGGGUCCCAACUUUGAAACUGGGUGUACCGUUGGAUGCUCCAAUCUCUCGGAUGUGAUGAAUGGAUCAUGUUUAGGGAUUGGUUGUUGCCAAACCUCCAUCCCUAAGGGCUUAAAAAAAUAUAAAAUAGUAUUACGUAGUUAUAAUAGUCGUAAUGUUAGUACAGUUAACCCUAAUGGCUAUGCAUUCUUAGGUGAGGAUGAUAAGUUCAGCUUUGAUAUUUCUUAUCUUAGUAGUACUAACUUAUACAAUGAAACAAUAAAAAAAAUUCCGAUAGUUAUUGAUUGGUUUAUUGGCGAAGGCCAAACAUGUAUGCAAGCUAAAACGAAUAUGUCUUCUUAUGCUUGCCAAUGGAAUACUAAUUGCAUCGAUUUUGAGAGUGGUUAUCAAGGAUAUCGUUGCAGUUGUCUUCCAGGUUAUGAAGGUAAUCCUUACCUUAACCCGGGAUGCACAGAUAUCGACGAGUGUACAGAUGCAAGCAAUACUAAUUGCUCUCAUAUUUGCACCAACACACCAAGUAGCUACAACUGCUCUUGUCCGAAAGGAUAUCAUGGUGAUGGUCAAAAACAUGGAACCGGUUGUAUAAGGAAUACAUCCAAGUUAGCUACAAUGUUAAGUUUAGGCUUGAGCUUAGGAUUGUUAUUGUUGUUGGUAAUGAGUUUCAUAUGUUUUAGCACAAUUAGAAGAAAUAAGCAGAUUAAAAUGAAAAAGAAAUUCUUUGAGCAAAAUGGGGGAUUAUUAUUAAAACAACAUCUUAUUCAGUAUGGAAGAAGUACGGAAUCAUCAAAAAUAUUUUCAGAGAACGAACUAAAAGCCUCAACUAAAAAUUAUAGAGAUGAUCGUAUUUUAGGAAGAGGAGGCUAUGGAACUGUGUACAAGGGUAUAUUACCAGAUGGUCGUGAAGUUGCAAUUAAGAAAUCUAAAGUGGUAGGUCAUAUUCAAGUCGAACAAUUCAUCAAUGAAGUUGAUAUUUUAACACAAAUUAAUCAUAGAAACGUAGUGAAACUGUUGGGAUGUUGUCUUGAAACUGAGGUUCCUUUGCUAGUAUAUGAAUUCAUCUCAAACGGCACUCUCUAUGAACAUAUCCAUAAAAAUAAGGGCAUGACAUCUUGGCUUACUUGGGCCAACUGCAUAAGGCUUGCAACUGAAACAGCUGAUGCACUGAUGUAUCUCCAUUCAUCUGCUUCAAUUCCUAUAAUCCAUCGAGAUAUUAAAUCAGCUAACAUAUUAUUAAAUGAAAGCUACACUGCAAAGGUGUCUGACUUUGGUGCGUCAAGGUUAGUACCAAUUGAUGAAAUUCAAGUCACAACAUUAGUCCAAGGAACUUUGGGUUAUUUGGAUCCAGAGUAUUUCCAUACAAGCCAGCUAACAGAGAAAAGUGAUGUUUAUAGCUUUGGAGUUGUUCUUGCAGAGCUUCUCACUAGAGAAAACCCUUUGUCUUCCGAAAGGAAAAUUGAAGAACGAAAUCUAGCAACAUACUUUUUGAUGGCAUUAAAGGAAGAUCGCUUAAUGGAAAUUCUUGAUCCUCAACUGGUGAGGGAAGCAAGUGAGGAACAACUAGUUAAAAUGGCAAAACUCAUAAAGGAAUGCCUUAAUAUUAUGGGUAAAGAUAGGCCUACCAUGAAGGAAGUCGCGCUUGAAUUAGAGGGCUUCAAGAAGCAAAAUAGGCAUCCUUGGUCCAACCAAAACAAUGAAGAUGAAAACAUCCUUAUUUGUGACAAAGAUCUUUAUAGUAUUCCUUCACGUAAUACAAUGGAGUACUCUCAAUCAUAUUCAAUGGAAGUUAGUCUAAUUUCUGAUAUAAAUCAUCCUCGUUAGUGAUUUAACCACUCGACAAUCUACUAAUCUCAAUUGCAAGAAAUGAUCAAACUUAUUUUUAUUGAGAAUUGAUAAUUAUGUAAUAUUUAUACUUUCUUUUUUAUCCUACUUUUCUUGGUACCAUAUAGUAAAACUUAUAUGAGUGGCCUCUUUUUGCACACAAUUAUUAUUAUUAUUAUUUUUUUGUUAGCAAAAAUGACUUUCAUAAAUAAUGUAUUUAGUGCUGAAAAUUAACUGGAUGUUAAAAGGGCUUUGACCUCCUUACC